CGACAAUCGUCGGCGUUCCUCAAGUCAGCCGCCUGUCAGCUCCUCGAGUGUGCUCCCAUGGACUCGGACGACGACUACGACUCGGUCGACUCGUUCAUCGACGACGAAGAGGAGGCAGGCCGUUCAUUCCACGCGCAAAAGGGUGCAAAGGGCAAAGCAGCUCAGGGCAAGGCGAACAAGCGCCGCAAGACGGCCAAUGGUACCGCUAAUGGCGAGGCCAACUACUCCUGGGAAGAGGACUACAAGCGGUCAUGGGAUGUUGUCAGAGAGGACGAGAGAGGCUCGCUGCAGGGCGCCGUCAAGGAUAUUCUCGAGCGUAGCAAACGGCGCCGGAUCAUGCGCGACACGACAUCGAUACAGCGAGGCAUCAUACGGCAUCUCUACUUCAUCAUCGAUCUAUCGGAAGCAAUGACCGAUAGAGACCUCCGGCCAACUCGCCUCGAGCUCACCAUCAAAUACGCCAUCGAGUUCGUCAACGAGUACUUUGAUCAGAAUCCGAUCUCGCAGAUGGCCAUUCUGGUCACCAAAGACGGCAUAGCCGAGCGAAUCAGUCCUCUCAGCGGCAAUCCGGUCGACCACGUGAGGGCCCUGGAAAGCAAGCGCAAGCUCGAUCCAUCCGGCGAGCCCAGCUUGCAGAAUGUGCUCGAGAUGGCGCGAUCCGGUUUGGCUCAUCUGCCUUCGCAUGGAUCCAGAGAAGUAGUCAUCAUCUUCGGUUCACUGACUACCUGCGAUCCCGGCAACAUACACACAACGAUGGAAGCCCUCGUGAAAGAUCGGGUGCGCGUCAAUAUCGUGGGCUUGUCUGCAGAGAUGAGUAUCUGCAAAGAAGUCUGCAAGCGUACAAAAGGAGUCUAUGGAGUCGUGACCAACGAGGCGCACUACAAGGAUCUUCUCUUUGAGCUUGUCCCACCACCAGCGACACAUCGACCCGAAGCCGGACCUGACGGAUCACGCAGCAACAAUACCGGCGCAGAUCUCAUGCAGAUGGGCUUCCCCUCAUUAUCGAGCUCGACGUUCGGCGCGCUGUGUUCGUGUCACUCACGUCUGAAGACGACCGGCUUCAACUGUCCGCGAUGCGCCAGUCGGCUCUGCGAGGUACCUACAGAAUGCGGCAUCUGCAGUCUCACCGUCGUGAGCAGCCCUCACCUGGCAAGAAGCUAUCGGCAUCUCUUCCCAGUCAAAAAUUACCUCGAAGUGAAUAACGGGCAGCCAGGCGAGGACUCUUGGCCUGCUGAAUGUUUUGCAUGCUCGCUCAAGUUCUCUACUGUGGCCGUUUCUGCAGCGACGACUGGCGCACCUCCUACUGCAGCCAGUACGGCUUCGCGAAUUUCUUCGACUGGGCGCUACGAAUGCCCACGCUGCCACAAUCACUUUUGCAUCGACUGUGAUCUACAUGCUCACGAGGUGCUCGGCGUUUGUCCGGGCUGUCUAUGACAAGCUGUUGUUGCCAUCAAUCAUAUGCAUGUACUGGUGUUUUGAAAUCGUACGAAACCCCGGUGACAUGUCGCGCGCUUGUCGAUACCGAACUGCUUGUCGGUCGAGAUAAGCUUUGUCCUUUUGCCUGCGUCAAUGGAGAGAUUCGAUAUCCUAUCCGACGUGCGAGU